ACUGCUGUCGGGGGUGUAAGUUGCGUGACGCUCGGCCGCGAUACGGAUCUCCAGAUGCCGCAGAAACGCUCCGCAGAUCGGCCGCUGCUGGUGUGAAGACAUUUAGAGAAAAUGUACAGGCUCAUUAAGAUGGCUGUCGGUGCAGCUCACACUUGUGGAAUAUUCCUGGAUUACAGCAGAAAAACUUGGUUCCUCCUGCAGCGGGAGUAGGAAGAGCGCAGCGGUGGGCGCGCCGUCUCCUCUCAACAGGUCUCGAGCCUCCCGGACACACUUCGCGGAGAUGAAUCCCUUCUACAUCGGGAUUGAAGUAGUGAUUGCAGUUCUCUCCAUAUCCGGGAACGUCCUGGUGUGCUGGGCCGUCGCGAUCAACACCACUCUGAAAAACGCCACCAACUACUUUCUGGUGUCCCUGGCCGUGGCUGACAUCCUGGUGGGCUGCCUCGCCAUCCCCUUCGCCAUCACCAUCAGCAUCGGGAUCGACCUGGACUUUUACGGAUGCCUCUUCCUCGCCUGUUUCGUGCUGGUACUCACUCAGAGCUCCAUCUUUAGCCUCCUCGCCAUCGCGAUUGAUCGAUAUCUGGCUGUGAAAAUCCCUCUGAGGUACAAGGAGCUGAUGACCGGGAAAACCGCCAGAGAGAUCAUCGCCAUCUUAUGGAUCCUGUCCUUCGUGAUCGGCCUCAUCCCUUUCUUCGGGUGGAACAGGAAGUACAAGAGCUGCGCGCAGGCUGGCAAGAACAGCAGCUCUGCGGACAACACUACAGAGGGCGGGGCCCCGGGGGGCCCGCGGGGCGCCGGGGACCUGCUGCACAGCUGCAGCCUGCCUUGCUUCUUCGAGAGCGUGGUGGACAUGCACUACAUGGUCUACUUUAACUUCUUCGUCUGCGUGCUGCUGCCGCUGCUCAUCAUGCUGCUCAUCUACCUGAAGAUCUUCACCGUGGCGAGGAGGCAGCUGCAGCAGAUCGAGCUCAAGUGCGUGGGCAACGGCGACAGCCACAGCCACGGGCUGCUGCAGAAGGAGAUCCGGGCCGCCAAGUCGCUCUCCAUCAUCGUGGGGCUGUUCGCCGUCUGCUGGCUGCCCGUCCACAUCCUCAACUGCCUCACGCUCUUCUCCAGCCAGCUGAAGAAGCCGGAGGUCGUCAUGCACGUGGCCAUCAUCCUGUCGCACGCCAACUCCGCCGUCAACCCCAUCAUCUACGCCUACCGCAUCCAGGACUUCAGGAACACCUUCCGGAAGAUCCUGGCCCGGCACUUCCUGUGCCGCCGGGACGAGCUGUACCUGAGCUCCAACGGCAGCCGGCGCAACAGAGACCAGAUCCACAUGACCAUCGACCCCCUGCUAUAGACCGCCGGGAGUCCGCCGUUUCAGUCUUGAAUCUUCUUUUCACUGAGGUUUAUAAUGUUUACAGAACAAGAGAGCGUUGCGUGAAGCGGAACCGACGUCGAAGCGCCUUGAAUGUGGACUUUUAUUUAUGAAUGGCGCCGAGCGUCGGGCGGGAGACCAGCAAGUCUUACAUCACUUUUUCUACUCUGAAGGAUUUUUAAUUUUGAAGCAACCUGUUGAAGCUAACUGGAUUUGUAGGUCUGUGAAUAGGAUCCAUACUUAAAAUGCUAUUUAUCGUAAUGAAUCCACCCUGUUAUAUCUACAAACACUCCGCUUUGGUUUUUUUGUUUGUUUUUUUUGCCCUGCUAUUCAGUGCCACUGUUUAAUUUAUUUAUUAUAAGACCUUGUCUGUGAGAAUGUAAUGAUCAAAAAAGAAGGAAAACCAAACAGCUGGUGAGUGGCUGGGUCAGUGCUGGUGGCUCUGCAGAGGUACAACAGUCUUCAUUUCUUUGAAAAUAAAAACAAACCUGCGGCCAUCGCAAGUGCAACAUGCAGCCAUGAGCAAAAGCAGACAGAAAAGAAUCUAAUCUCUGAUCCUCUGAUACAGGGCCAAGUGAUGAAGGCAAUCGUUUCAGAAUAUGAAAUGUAAAAUUGACAAAUGUUAAUAUAUUUAGAUAAAUUUGAAAAAAAAAAAAAAAUCAAUAUUACACCUUGAAACCAGCUUUUUGCAAAUUAUAUGUAAAGGAUCACUAAAAUCUCAGCUGCUGGCAAAGAGGAAAACAUCUCCGCCUUUGAAUAAUGCUGAAAAAUAAACACGUUGACUCGUACUGAGGAGUCUGAACGUUCAAAAAACAGAAUCGUCCUGUGACGUGUCGACAAAUGUAAUUAUGCAUACAGCAGCUUUUUCUUUUUUUAGAGUGCACUUUUUACAUGAUGAGCUAUAAAGUUCUUCACAGAAUAAAAACCAGACAUUUAAAUUAAAGAAGUGGGAAUGAAAAGCAGACAGUAGGAAAAGACUAAACACCCAGAAGAAAAAAAAAUAUAAUGGCAGAUAUAUAAAAGUAUGUCCAGUGUUUUAUUAAUUGCAGCCAAAAACUUUAAAACUACUUGAAUUAUUCAUCAGAAUUUGCUCAAGAAAAAGUGUUAAAGUGACUCACUGCACGCUCUUGUGGUAAAAGGUGGUAUUACAACACUGAUCGUUUGCUGAUCACCUGUGGUCGGUGUUCAUGAGGAAGGCUAAAGCAGACCUGAGUUACAGAAUGUGAAAUUACAUGGGAGAAGAGACUGGUUUCUCUGUUUUGAACAAGUGAAACAUCGAUGCCUGAAGGACUCUCAAAAGAUCUGUGUGACGACAAUAGUUUGAUUCUGGAGUCUGCAGAGGAGUAAAAAACUACAGCUAAUAAAUAAAGAGCUCAGCUGCUGUGACCUGCAGGAUGUUCUGUUCAAUCCAGUUUUCAGUCCCAUAAUGCAGAGUUAAAAGACAGAAGCAAAGCAGUGUCAUCAGAAUAAUCCCAGAGAGGAUCAAGUGUUCACUCAGACAGUAAUUGGAUUGUACGUACUUUUGCACAUGGCUGUACAGGAAGAGGGACACAGCAACCGUUCUCACACUGAAAGGAGCUGGAACGGAGAUGAUUCUCAUAACAACAUGCAAACUUGGCAACAAAAUUAAGACAAAACUUCAGCGCAGCUGAAACAUUUCUUAUUCUUCUCUUCAAGGUUUCACUGUCUGCGCUGAGAUCAGAAGAAAAAAAAAAGUUUUCCCUGCAUAUUAAAAGUCUCCAUUAAGUGAAAUGGACGGGGAGAAAAACAAAAACAAACAAAAAAGACAAAUUGCUUUUCCAAGGCCAUGAAUCAUCUCUCAGAGCCACAGAGGUUAUAAAAUGAUCGCGUUUCCCUGUGGCUGCGAUCCAGAGGAGGAGGGUUUGAACAGCAGGAUUUUAUUCAGCGUUCCAGGCGUAAGCAGAGCAGAACACACCCGCGUUCGGCGUCCUGCAGCUUCACACUGAUCCCAGAGGUGACGGCGCUAGUGGGAGUUCGUCACCACUGCUCUGAGCAGCUGCUGCAUUCAGUGGCUGAAACGGAGCGCUGUUUGGACGUGUCUGAAUGUAUGAAGUCUCCCCGUCAUCUUUAAUCGACAGACCCUCUCAGUGCGAAGCCCAACAUUCUUUUUAACCUCCAAACUUUAAUCUCAUUAUUGAGUAUUUCCAGUCCCGUUCUUCUAACACUACAGAGAAUCUGCGUUGGGGACAGUUUGUGUUCACGCUGGUUUCUCUGCGAGCGUGUGCGUCAUGCAGCCUCGUGUGUGUGCGCGUGCGUACGUGUGUCGGCUUUUGAAACUAAAGACAACCACAAAAAGUCAUCACUACAUUAAUACGAAGCAUUGCACUGACAUCGUUUCCAUUGCUCCCUGGUGGUGCCGAGCCGCCGUCUGUGUCGGUGUUCUGGAGCUCCGGCGUCUCCGCCCCUUGUGUCCAGUGCGCCACCCGCAAGCAACUCCAAGGGCUAAAACACAGGAGUGUGCCAACGUGUUCGUACAUUCCGAUGGAGACAUCUAUACUGUAACUGCACUGUAUUGUUGUUCAAGUUGUCUUUUGUUGACUGAUGUGUUAAUAAGUACUGUAGGUGUCCGACUUUCUACAAGCUAUCGAUCGAUGUCAGAGCUGUUGCCUUCUUUCGAGGCGGACGAUGACGACUUGACCUGGUCCAACAUUCCUGCCUUUCAUUCCCGACAACACAUCUGUCAGUGUGCCGUAGUGACGCUACUAAUCAGGAA